AUGUUGCCACCGUUUCUGCCGCCGAUAUCCAUCCUCAUCCUCCUCUCUACUGCCCCCUCCACACUCGCCCAGGACGCCGCCCCACUGAGGCCAGAGGUUCCCUGCUAUGCCCCCGACGGAGUCACUCUGGCCGACGACAGCUAUCGGCCAUGCAACAAUCUCGGCGUGUUAACAGACCCGGGCAUGUUUUCAAGUUGCUGCCGCCUCAACGCUGUUCCGGAAACGAAGGAGCUGUGCGACGCUAGAGGGCUCUGCGUUCAGGGGGAUAUAGUGAGACGAGGGUUCUGUACUGAUUCCUCGUGGAGCGAUCCUGCGUGUUUGAACUUUUGCAUCGAUGACGACGAGAACGGCUCAUUCAAUGGAUCUGCCACUCUUACAUCAUGCAGCGACGGCACCUUCUGCUGCGGUCAAGACAACGACACUUGCUGUGGCACUCCCAGCGCCUUUAACGUAUCACUGGCAGCCUCUAUCACAGACCCGUCCCAGAUGACUACGGUAACAGCGACUGCCGAGUCUGUUCGCGUCCAGAAGAUGAUUCCAUCCUACGUUUGGAUUGCCAUGGCUGCAUCUAUACUCUUUGUCAUGCUCAUUGCCCUUGGCGCCAUUCUCUUCCUACUUCGCCACAUUCAGGCUCUCAAGAAACGUAACGAGGAGCUUGCAGCCACUGUUCGCGACUCUAGGGCCCCCGUGCUGCCGCCAACGCCCCACGUUUCCUCGAUGCAAGGUUUCCAUGAGUUUAAGUCAACCUAUGGCGAGCUACUUGCUCAGAGGGAGAAGCAAGAGCAAGAAGAGAAGGAGAAAGAGAAGCAAAGAGAGCAGGAUAUCGAGAGGAGAAGAAAAUUGAGUAUGAGCGUGCGGUCUGAGACCGACACUAUGGUUGGGGAGAGGUCGGAGGUGGGGGUCUCACCCAUGCUCAUGAAGGGAACCACUGCAUCCAGUAUAAGUGAGGAGAGUCCCCUGGUCUCACCGCCACCGCCAACGACUGGUGAGGAUACCCCACCGAUUCCACCAAGAGGGCGGAGGUGA